UCGACGUUGUUCUGUAGCGUCCGUUCCACGGUUGUUCCUUCGAACAACGCUUUGUGUAACUUCUGCAGCGUCUUUGAUGCGCCGGUGAUCAGCUUCGUCCAGUCGGGAGUCCGUUAAAAAAAAAAACACCUUUUUCGUUCCGAGGUUUGGGUUCGUCGCAACAUCUUCCUCGGCACGUGGAAUAUUACUUCUGCUUCAUGGGUUCGCACUACAGGUUCCUCUUGGAGGGACAAGGAGCUGUCAGCACCACUGCCAGGCGGGACGACCGCAGUCUCAAUGCGCCGGCCUUCUCCACCGGCAUUGGCGCCUGCAUCAAUAGCGACCUCCUGUGCGACGACCGGGGCCGGCCUUACUAUUGGCCCGUAUUCAUACCGCCAGCGCCACUAGCGGCAGCUGCCGCAACUCAGGCGGGGGCUUCGACGGCGGCGUUACGCAGCAGCGGUGGCCAGCUUCUCACGGCGACCAUAACCAGGGCGCGGCAGCUGGCCGACCGGGCCAUCGAGAUGGACUACCACAGCACGGGGCCUGGACCGGCGUGCGUGAUCGAGGUCCCGGAGCACGUGGACGCGCAGACCGACGAGCCGCGGAUGGGCUCGGAAAGUGCGGUGGCCACGAGCCGGUUUCGGAAGAACUCCCGGCUCAUGGCCUUGAUGCUCGACGGGCGGGUCGUCGAAUCGGACGGGACGCAGGACUGGCAGGAGGCGUACUUGAAGAGACGAGCGCAGCGGCUGUUGCUCGAGAAGAAGCUGCACGCCUUGACGCAAGAGACGCGCGAGCUCGAGGUGCAGCAGGAAGCGCAGAGGCAGCAGUGGCUGAGGGAGGCGGACGUGUUCCGCGAGAAGCUGCUCAAGUGCAGGCAGAAGGAACACCUACUCGAGGUGGCUCGUACUUUGAAGGUCCAGGGUAAUCCGGUGGUCCAAUCGACCAUGCCUGGCAACUGCAAGACGGCAUUUCGCCUCAAAUACGUCCCUUAGCUCGUGGCUUCUAGACAGUGAAGCUUUUUUCUAUCAAUAUUUUUGCCUGCUUUCUUGUUUGAUGAAUAAAGCUGCGCGUAUUAUCACGUUAACUGU